GGCAAACAAAGAGGCUUCCCACUUGACUAUAUCUAUGUCUCCUCUUGUGCCGGAAAGCUUCCCCCGUUGACAUGAUUCAUCACAGAAUUCAACAAACACCCUACCAAGUUUGCUCAACCCAUAAACUUUCAAAGGCCAUCUAAUCUCGCGACAGCAACAAUGAGCUCUCAUAUAAAGCAUCAUCAUGCCCGCGCAAGCCAGGAGCUUGCUCAACCCAUUGGCAAGGCCUCAAGGGAAGACAGCAGCAUUGGCGAGCAAGGUAGCUCUCCCAACCUUGAGAAGAUCUGUGACCCGAUUGACGAGAUUCUCAACCUUGCAGUUGACAUUGUGGAGAAGAUAUGGCCCAAAUAUGAUUCUCAAGCCUUCUCAGAAUAUCUCAAAGCGCAUAUUUUUCAUUCUGCGGAACACAACGCCAACAAAUCCGACGAGAAAGCCAGAGAGAGAAAAAUAGAAAGGAUUUCUGAGAUUAUCACCAAAGAAGGUGACAAAAUUGCCCACGAACUCGUUACGAAGUUCGAGAAAGUCCGCAUACAUGUUCAUGACGUCCAGGACAAUAAAGACCAUCUCCGCGAGCUUGGAGUCCAAGCUAAAGCCCGUAUUCACGACUAUCUUAAAGUCCAUCUCCACGAGGCUGUUGACAAGCCUGUCCACGAGACUGUCGACAAGCCUGUCCACGAAAUUGUCGACGACAAAUUCGAUGAGGUUGACGAAAUCGCCUGCAAAGAUUACGACAAAGUAUCUGAAAAUCCCUUCGAUGAAUUUAUCACAGACAGUGACGUAGAGACAGACCACACUUACGUGGAGGUGCGUAAAUAGGCAGCUGACGAAGACGCCGCCAAAUCCUGAUGACAAAGUUAUUAGUCCUAUGAAGGUUGACGAUGGUGCCACUCAGGCCCUUAG